CUCGCGGCGGUUUUUUCCUCUGAGCGCGCUGGCUCUGAGAGGAAGUGCGCUAGACACGGCAACCGAGUUCAGAAGUGAUGAACAUUGAGCUGUAAGAGGCUCUCAGAACUAUAAAAAAAUAAAAGGCAACGCCGUAAUCGUAUCUGCCAUUUGCAAGAACACCGUGGUUUCGGGAGAACAUGAAAAAUCCGACCGAGGAGCGCUAAUUUAGCCCGUCGGCUAGCUAGUUCGGCUUCAGCAGCACUGGAAACUCGUUUUCCCAGUCAGGACUUCUCGGACUUUCCAGGGGCGAUAUAUUGUCUAUGAAAUGCUUUCAACUUAGUAGGGAGGCUACCAAAAGAGGUGCUCGAUGGUGAGUCCCAGGGCAAUGCGUAAUGCUGAAACGACUCGCACGGAGUCAGAAUGAGUGUCACAGAUGGCGACGGGCCGGCUAGCCACGAUGGACGGGCCUACGUCCUCCAGAUCUACCCCCGUCUCUCCCUGGAGACGGCCCUGUGUUGCAAGCUCCAGGUUCACAAGGAGGCCACAGCAGCGGCGGUCAUCCAGGACGCAGCGGCCAGCCUGGGGCUGGACAGGGCCGGGCACUAUGUCCUGGCCGAGGUGAAGGAGAGCGGAGGGGAGGAGUGGGUGCUGGAGGCCACCGACCUCCCCGUGCACAGGGUCCUUCUCUGGCCCCGCAAGGCUCAGGACGAGCACCCGCAGAGCGACGGCUUCUACUUCCUGCUGCAGGAGCGCAACCGCGACGGAUCCAUCUGCUACGUGCACCUGCAGGGGGCAGCGGGUGCCGAGGCGGACUCCCAGCGGCUGGUCGCCCGUGGCUUCCUCCCGCCCCGCCAGGAGGAUGUGGCCGACCUGUGCAACCUGCCCACGCUCACCGAGGACACCAUCCUGGAGAACCUGCGCAGGCGCUUCAAGAAGAAGAAGAUCUACACGUACGCCGGCAGCAUCCUUGUCGCCAUCAACCCCUUCAAGUUCCUGCCCAUCUACAACCCCAAGUACGUCAAGAUGUACGAGAACCACCAGCUGGGCAAGCUGGAGCCGCACAUCUUUGCCAUCGCCGACGUGUCGUACUACGCCAUGCUUCGCAAGAGGAUCAACCAGUGCAUCGUGAUCUCCGGGGAGAGCGGCUCAGGCAAAACGCAGAGCACAAACUUCCUCAUCCACUGCCUCACUGCUCUCAGUCAGAAGGGCUAUGCCAGUGGCGUGGAGAGGACCAUCUUGGGAGCAGGCCCUGUGCUUGAGGCUUUUGGUAACGCAAAGACGGCCCACAACAACAACUCCAGUCGCUUCGGCAAGUUCAUUCAGGUCAACUACCUGGAGAGCGGCGUGGUUCGGGGGGCGGUGGUUGAGAAGUACCUGCUGGAAAAGUCACGCCUGGUGUCCAGAGAGAAAAAUGAACGGAACUACCAUGUGUUCUACUACCUGCUGGUGGGGGCCUCCGAGGCGGAGCGCAAGGAGUAUAAGCUCCUGCAGCCAGAAGACUACUACUACCUCAAACAGCAAAGCUUUGCCAUAGAAGACGCAGAUGACCUUCGACACGACUUUGAGAGGCUGCAGCAGGCUAUGGAGAUGGUGGGCUUCCUGCCCGCCACCAAGAGACAGAUAUUCUCCGUCCUGUCGGCCAUCCUGUACCUGGGCAACGUCACCUAUAGGCGGAAAUCCACCGGCCGGGAAGAGGGGCUCGACGCAGGACCUCCGGAGGUCCUUGCCAAUCUCUCUGACCUGCUCAAGGUCAAAGAGGAGCUGCUAGUCGAGGCCCUCACCAAGAGGAAAACGGUUACGGUGAACGAUAAACUGAUCUUGCCCUACAGCCACAGUGAGGCGAUUACAGCGCGGGACUCGAUGGCCAAGUCUCUGUACAGCGCCCUGUUUGACUGGAUCGUGCUGCGCAUUAACCACGCCCUGCUCAAUAAGAAGGACAUGGAGGAGUCUGUGGAGUGUUUGUCCAUAGGCGUCCUGGACAUCUUCGGCUUUGAGGACUUUGCGACCAACAGCUUCGAGCAGUUCUGCAUCAAUUAUGCUAACGAACAGCUGCAGUAUUACUUUAACCAGCACAUCUUCACGCUGGAACAGGAGGAGUAUCAGAUGGAGGGCAUCACCUGGCACAAUAUUGACUACACUGACAACGUGGGCUGCAUUCACCUCAUUAGCAAGAAACCCACUGGUCUCCUCUAUUUACUGGAUGAGGAAAGCAAUUUUCCUCAUGCAACAGAUAAGACCCUCCUGGCAAAAUUCAAACAGCAGCAUGAAAGGAACGCCUACUUUGUGCCCACCCCUGUGAUGGAGCCGGCUUUUGUCAUCCUUCACUUUGCUGGGAAGGUCAAGUACCAGAUUAAGGAUUUCCGUGAGAAGAACACGGAUCACAUGCGUCCGGACAUCGUCGCCCUCCUGCGGAGCAGCAACAGUGCCUAUGUGCGUCACCUGAUUGGCAUGGACCCCGUGGCCAUGUUCCGUUGGGGCAUCCUCCGCUCUGCACUGCGCGCCCUCGCCGCCUUCAACGAGGCCGGCCGCCGCCGGGCCGCCAAGAGCACCGGUGUGGUUCGUCCUAUCUCGAGAGUUCCGCUCGGCGAGCUACAGAGGGCCAACACGUCCAUUGAGAGGAUGUAUCGCCGUACCUCUAUGCUCGAUUUCUCCUUUGAUCUCUCAGAGGAGCGUCCCCUAGAGGCAUUCGAGGACAUCUUUGUUAGUUAUGAGAGCAAGAAGGACAUGCACGCCCAAAUUAUCAACUCCAUUAAGGACUUGCAGCUGGAUGGCGAGGACCCACGCAAGCUGCUUCAGUCCUGGGGUCCCCUGCGGUUCCCACGCCACCUCUUUCAGAAGAACAAGGGCACCAAAACCAAGCAGCUCAUUCCGAAGAACCUGCUGGACUCUCGCUCGCUCAAGUUCAUCGUGGGGCUUCAUGACCGCACCACCAAGUCCCUGCUGCACCUGCACAAGAAGAAGAAGCCCCCCAGCAUCAGUGCUCAGUUCCAGACUUCUCUCAGUAAGCUUCUGGAGACCCUGGGGAAGGCAGAGCCCUUCUUCAUCCGCUGUAUCCGUUCCAAUGCUGAGAAGAAGGAGAUGUGUUUUGAUGAGGCAUUGGUCUUGCAGCAGUUGUGUUACACAGGCAUGUUGGAGACUGUGCGUAUUAGGAGGUCGGGCUACGGUGCCAAGUACACCUUCCAGGAGUUCAUUGGCCAGUUUCGUGUUUUGCUGCCAAGGAAGGCUCCAUCUCAGGAAGACAUAUCAACUCUACUGCAGAACCUGGGCUUGGACAGCGAGACAUACCAGAUUGGCAAGACAAAGGUGUAUCUCAAAGAGCCAGAGAGGCAGAAGCUUCUGGACGCCCUCCAUAAAGACGUCAUGCGCAAAAUCAUCUUCCUACAGCGCUGGUUCCGAGCGAAACUGCAGAGGCGGCACUUCCUGCAGCUGAGGGCGGCCACUGUUUUUGUUCAGCGAUCAUGGCGAGUGUGCCAGCAAAGGCGGUGUUGGGCUGCUUCUCGGAUCCAAGCGACAUGGAGAGGCUCCAGACAGAGAGCUGUGUAUCGACAUCGCCGCACAUCGGUCACGAAGAUCCAAGCUCUCGUCAGAGGCCAGUCAGCGCGCAGGAGGUACCACUUUCUCCAGGAAGAAAAGAGGCAGAGAGAUGAGAAAGAGGCUCGGAGGAGGAGAGAGGAGGAGGAGGAGGAGGAGGAGGAGGAGGCAGCCAGGCAGGCAGCCGAGGCAGCCAGGCAGGUGCGUGAGGCUGAGGAGAGACAGAGGGAGGUGCAGGAACAGGCAGCCUGGCUUGCUCUACAAGCACAGAGACAGGAGGAGGAGCAGAGACAGGUUAAAGGUCAACAACCUUCAACAGUAACCAAGCCGACUGGGAGGAAAGCGAAGCCGGAGCUCGUCCAGGCUGAGGCUGGUCCUCAGCACAGAGCAGCAGUUGAGGAUGGUGGAAAGCAAGACUACGAGACUGUCUCCAUGGAGCUGAAUGAAAAAGAAAGUGAGGAGAAGGAUCCAGAAGACCACAAAGAUCUUAAAGCCUCCACCAUUGAGUUACCAGGAGAAACCAGUCCUAAGACAGCUGACACAGUUUUUCCAGAAGAGCUCACAGGCUCCAAAAUUACCUCCACAUCCUCUGUCCCAGAACGAGCUUCCACAUGUGUUUCACCCAAGGAAGACAAGGGUCCCCAGCCUGGCUCCCCUGCCACGCUGUCUGAGGCCUGCAGGCCUAAAGCUCCUCCCAUGAGCAAACUGACCACCUCCAGGAGCCAGGAGAAGAGGGAGCUCCGGCGUCAGCGCGGCUUGGAACACAGCCACAGGGAGAGUGUGCGGGCAGCGUCGGUGGGCAAAGACGAGCCCGUGCCGAAGCCCGAGAGCCGGCACGCCGAGCGAACGGACAACAGAGAACUGGACCAGUACACCUUCGUAGCCUGGAAGGUAGAGAAGGCCAAAAAAGAGUCCAAGGACGAGGGGGAGAAAGUCAAAAGAGACACCAAAGACAGAGGAGAGGUGCCUGAGAGGGAGGCCAAGGAGGCCGCCGCCUGCCCGGUCCGACCCACCGUCUUGGCCCUGGAGGUGCCAGGCUCCAAGCCUGAAAGGAGCCACCGCAGUGAACUGCCCGGCCUCCCCGGCACUGACACGCAACAGGCUGCCAGCAAGCCCAGCGCCGCCAAGGACACUGCUGGUGUGGAGAAGAGCCGGAGCAGCAGCGGCCAACCCGAGAGCAGCCCGCCUGCAUCCCGAAACCAGGGGGACAAGAAGCACAAGAUGCUACAGAUGUCGUUGUCUCGAUCGUUAGACGAUGUCUACGAGAUGGAUGGUACAGGAUCCCUGCGGGACAUCCCCGUGGGUGUGCAGACCCUGCCGCGCGUCGUGGAGGUGCCGCACGGAGGAAAGGCCUGCGCCGCAAAGAGAGCCGCCCACCAGGACGGCCCUCCCGUCCCUCCGGCCACCCCAGAGAGGCCAACAGGAUUCCUCCGGAAGAUUCUGAAGAAACGUCCUCAUAAGGAGGCCCAGACUCCAGAGGACGGCGAGCUCACCAUGGCGGCUGCGUUAGCAGAGAAAACGGAAGUCCCCUGUCCCUCGAGGCCACAUCACCUGGAACCACCCACCGGCCGUCUUAGUCGGAACCCCACUAUUAAGAUCAGCAGAGCGACGCGCGUGACCGAGCAGUGGAACGCCUCACUAGACCGAGAAAUCACCAACGCCAACGAGCUCCGCCACCUCGACGAGUUCCUGGGGAAUCAGGUGAACGAUCUGCGCUCUAGAGGAAAACAGUUGUCAGGAACUGAGAACAUCUUUAUCACAGCCACCAUGCAGUUCAGAGAGAACAUCAAAAGCAUGUACUCUCUCCCGAAGCCGCACACAGGCUACAAGGGCCUGAUGAGGAGCUACCAGAAAAAGGUGAUCAGUUUGGCGGGAGAGAAGCAGAAGGGCGAGGUGCAGCUGGUGGUCAACCUGUUUCAGUCCGUGCUGGACGGCUUCAUCCGAGGAGAGAUCAAAAGGGAGGAGGCUGAACCUGCCAAGCCUCCUAAAGGUCGUAAGAAAAGGCGCAAGAAAGACAAGAAUUUGGAGAGUCCCUUGGACCACAUGUUCACCCACUACCAGGUGAACGUCAUGCAGUCGUGUGACCAGUGCUCCUCCUACAUAUGGGGCAUGGAGAAGGCCUACAUGUGCAGCUGUUGCAGAAUGGUUUGCCAUAAAAAGUGCUUGAGCAAAAUUGUCACAGACUGCUCCACCUUCUGCUCGAAGAAGACUGAGGAGGACUCGGGUUCACAACACUUCGGCGUUCGUGUAAUCCACCUGACCAGUGACAAGGUCCCGGUACCCGUGGUGCUGGAGAUCAUGCUGGAGCACGUGGAAAUGAACGGCCUGUACACCGAGGGCAUCUACAGGAAGUCCGGCUCCGCCAACCGCAUGAAAGAGCUCCGCCAGCUCCUGGAAGCCGACCCAAAUAAGGUGUGUUUGGAAGAUUACCCCAUCCAUGCAGUGACUGGCCUGGUUAAACAGUGGCUGAGGGAGCUGCCUGACCCCCUCAUGACCUUCCACCUUUAUAAUGACUUCCUCCAUGCCGUAGAACUACCUGAGAAGCUGGAGCAGGUGCAUGCCAUCUACAGAGUGGUAGAGCAGCUCCCGCAAGCCAACUUCUGCACUCUGGAGAGACUCAUCUUCCACCUAGUCAGGGUGUCACGAGAGGAGAAGAGCAACCGCAUGACCCCAAACUCUCUGGCUAUUGUUUUUGCCCCCUGCAUUUUGCGCGGACCCGACAGUGAUGACCCCCUCCUCAGUAUGAAGGACGUGGCCAAGACAACCACGUGUGUCGAGAUGCUGAUUAACGAGCAGAUUAAGAGUUACAAUGAGAAGAUGGAGGAGAUCGAGCAGCUGGAGUUUGCAGAGGCGCUGGCUAAGAACCAGCUCAAACUGAAGAGGAACAACACGCACUGGCAUUUACCUCUCAGAUUUACCUCUCCAUACAAAGGGGUUGCGGUGCGGGAGAAGCCGUCGUCCAACCUGUGUGCCGUUCCCGAGAAUGAACCCCUGGACUCCGACACGGAGGAGAGGAACCUAGAGGAGCAGAUCAAGUCCAUCAAACAGGAGAAAGAGGAGCUGGCCUGCAGGCUGCCAGACAUGGAGCAGCCUGGUUCAGAUCAGGAGAACCAGGACUCUGAGGCGUCUGCCAGCUCGGACAGCCUGCUCGACGAGCGAGCACUGGGCUUGGACAUGGAAGUUAAAACAGUAGCCGUGCCAAGAACCCCAAACCCAGCUUGCUCUGCUAAAGCCACGAGCUCUCCCUCGACCCAGUGUGCUCCGCUCGGGGGAGUCUCCUCUCCUACCAGAUCCACCCCCAGAGACCAGCUGCAGCGCCGGCUCCCCAUCAUCCCACGCACGGUGCGCCUGCCACCCGGUGUCCUGACCCACCCUGCCGUCCAGUCCCUGCCCCCCCGCAAGGCCAAGUCUCUCACGCUCGUGCAGAGGCGGACGCAGCCAAGCAGGCGCAAAGACAGCGUCCAGUCGCUCUUCGUCGGCCCGGGGGCCGAGCUCUUCUUCCCUCCCGUGUAGGACAUGCCCUCCGCCAGUGUGGAGAACCUCCUCUCCUCCGCCUGCCACUUUUCAGACCCCGACACUACUCGCAUGAAAGGAGACCUUUGAUCUUUGACCAGCAGGUGCUCGACCAGCAGCUCUCGCUCUCUUGGGGGGGGGGGGGGACACGUAGGACCUUGUGGGUUGCUUUGUGCAACAACUGCUCUCGAACUCGGCCAAGCUUUCCAUUAUCAUAAGUGAUGCCUCUCUGUGCACUUUUUGCCAUUACUGUGUCUAGGUAGGAUUUUAAAAGACUCCUUUUUAAAGCUAAUAUUUGCGUUGCAGCCACAUUGGUGCAGAUAAACUUGUUUUACGCCUUAUGUUUUGCUUUUACAUGGCAAGUUGUAUGUUGCACCUUUCUGUCUCUUUCAUGGAUCCAUUAAACACCAACCCCAAAAAAGAAGGUUUGAACAAAAAGAUCUUGCCUUGGGGUUGCUGUAGGAACGUUUCUGUUUCCAGUAUACAGAGACCAGUAUGAGGGCACAGACACUUUGUAGAUGCCUUUUCACUUACAACACUUCCAGACAAAAAAAAUCAUGAAAAAAGGACCAGACACUUCAUGUCCUGCAGGGGGCGAACACCCACCGUGAAGUAGCCCGUGAGGUUGAAUAGAUCUUUUUAGCCUGCAGGGAAACUAGAGCUGCACAAGCCACUUUUCUCUCAGACUGAUGUGGAGUGAACCGCACCGAGGUGUGUGGCGUGGCCUUCGUGGAUAUUUCUGUGCGGAAUGAAACACAUGAAGAACACACACACAUUCCCUUUGAACUCCUUAAGCGCUUUCUUCCUUCUUUAGUUUGCUCCCGUAGUAAACAGUAGGACUCUCGGCGUAAGAACAUCCAUUUCUGAAGAGCUGCCUCAGAAGGCUGUCCUAGGAUGCUAUAGCCGCUGGUAUUUACUAACAUCACAUAUAAACCUGCUGGUGUGUAUAGUUCUGCGUAGAACUGUAAUGAUCGCGUGCCUAUCUGACUGGAAAGGAAUGAAUGAUUGAUUGAGAAUUAUUCUGUUUUAAAGGACUACAACCAUAUCUGUUUGCCUUUUGCUUCAAUUUGUACUCGAGUCACUGAUUCCCAUUUAAAGGACAGAUUGAACUAAUUAUUUUCUUACAAUACAAUUUGUACUGGCUGCA